AUGGCUGCUCUCAAGUUUGCGACCUUCUCUUCGGAGAUCGAACUGCCCUUCUACUCGGCCCUCUUCUCGUCCAAGCUCGAGCAUGACAAGCUCGACGACUCUGCCCGCCCCGUCAUCGGCCUCUAUGAGCCGCGCCCCCAAGCCGACCCCGAGGCGAGCACCAAGAUGCAGAUCCUCGGGAGCGCAUUGACUACAUGUCUAACGCCCUGCGACAGUGUGCCUCUUGGUCUAAGCCGCGCCGAGGGCUUCAUCAAGAACGUCAACACGGUGGAGGAAUUCAAUAAUACCGACAAGUCUGCCCUCAUCACAGAUGCCGGGCGCCAAAUCUGGGACGCGAUCCAAGACGGCACCAUCUACUCUAUCCCGUCGCUUCUCUCGUCCUUCAAGAUCCUCUCGUUCGCCAACCUCAAGAAGUACCAGUUUAAGUACUGGUUCGCCUUCCCGGCCCUCCACUCGGAUCCCUCGUGGAAGCGGACGGGCCCCAUCGGCCGGCUGGACUCGAAAGAGAGCACGGCGCUGGCCGAGAAGAUCGGGACGUGGCGGUACAUUGUCGACAACAGGGAGCACGGCUUCUUCCUCGCCAAAAAGGUGCGGGGCGAGGAUGCGACGAAGAUCCCGUCGGACGACCCCGGCGCUGACAUUGGCUACCGGUGGGAGAUUGGCUCCCUGAGAGACUUUGAGACGGGGUUCUUCAAUGACAUACCGGCCGAGGACAGAUAUAUCUCCUUUGUCGACCCCUCAAACUAUCCCGAAUCUCCGUCUUGGCCUCUGCGCAAUUUGCUGGUUCUGAUUAGGCAUCGGUAUCAGCUUAGGGAAGUCCAGAUCCUGUGUUACCGGGACACGCAGGCCAGGAGGCACGAGGCGCGGAGCAUCAUCAUGCCCCUGGCCAUGGACGCAGUGGAGAAGAUGGAGAUUACCGAGGUGCCCAAGGUGACGGGCUGGGAGAGAAACACCAGCGGUGACUUGAGGUCCCGCUCCGCGAACCUGGGCGAGUACAUGGAUCCCGCUCGCCUUGCAGACCAGGCAGUCGAUCUAAACUUGAAGUUGAUGAAGUGGCGGCUGUCCCCGAAUCUCGACCUCGAUGCCAUCAAGAACACAAAGUGUCUCUUGCUCGGCGCCGGUACCCUAGGGAGCUAUGUUUCUAGGAAUCUGAUGGGAUGGGGCGUGCGCAAGAUCACCUUUGUCGACUACGGCGCAGUGUCCUUCUCAAACCCCGUGCGCCAACCGCUGUUCUCGUUCGAGGACUGCCUGAACGGCGGCAAGGCCAAGGCGAUACAGGCGGCCGAGGCGCUCAAGCAGAUCUACCCGGGCGUCGAGGCCGAAGGCCACGUGCUGUCGGUGCCGAUGCUCGGGCACCCAUUCACAGACGCGGCCAAGGUGAAGGCUGAUUUUAUGAAACUGCAGGAGCUGGUCGAGGCGCACGACGUCAUAUUCCUCCUCAUGGACACUCGCGAGUCGAGGUGGCUGCCGACGCUGAUGGGCAAGGCGUCAAAAAAGAUCGUCCUGAACGCGGCUCUCGGCUUCGACACGUACGUUGUGAUGCGGCACGGAGCGGCGCCCAAGGACGGGACCGAGGACACUCUUGGGUGUUACUUUUGCAACGACGUCGUCGUGGCGGCAGAUUCGGUCAAAGACCAGACCCUGGACCAGCAGUGCACCGUCACGCGGCCGGGAGUGGCGGCCAUCGCGUCGGCGCUGCUCGUCGAGCUCCUUACCAGCAUCCUGCAGCACCCGCAGAAGGAGCACGCGCCGGCGCCCGUACACAACAAGUCGUCGGACUACGAACGCGACCCGCCGGACCACCCGCUCGGCAUCGUGCCGCACCAGAUCCGCGGCUUCCUGUCAACGUUCCAGAACAUGCUCAUCCGCGGCCGCUCGUUCUCGCAGUGCAGCGCCUGCAGCAAGCCCAUCGUCGACGCCUACCACAAGGACGGCUGGGACUUUGUCCAGAGGGCGCUCGAGUCGCGCGACUACGUCGCCGAGCUCAGCGGCCUUGCCGAGGUGCAGCGGCUGGCCGAGGCGGCCGCGGGAGAGGUGGAGUGGAGCGAGGAGGAAGAGGCCGAGGAGGAGGGUGAGGGCGUCAUUCUCUAG